AUGGCCACAUCCUCUGUAACGGUCACCACUUCACCUUCCCCAUUCAUUCCUCAACGACGUCGUUUCUCCAACUUCUCAUCCUCUACUCAUCAACUACAAGGCUCACUUCUGCAAAAUAAGAAAAUUAGGGUUUUCUCAUUACUGAGUUUCAGUCCAUUUUCUUUCAAUUUGAGGAAGAGGAGAACUUUGAUGUGUGCAGCCAAUCAAGGUGCAAUGGAAGAAGUGAAAGAAAGUGGAGAAACUAAUGGCUUGAUAGGUGUUCUGGGUGAAGUUGAUUGUGAUCAAGUAAGAAUUAGGGUACAUGACAAAAGUACUGAAGCUUGGUCGCAAUUUGCCAGAAGAAUAUCAGGUGAGUGGGAUGGAUUUGGAGCAGACUUCAGUAAUCAAGGGAGCACGAUCGAACUUCCAGAGUCCGUUCAGUUACUUCCCACGGUUGGAUGUGAGGCCGAUGCUGCUACGGUAUACAGUUCGGAUGAGAGAAAAGUGGGUGGCGAAAACAGCGGAGUUACCACUUUUGCUUACCAAUCGAGUGGCUCUUAUGUUGCUGUCUGGCCAAAGAAGGAUGACUUAAUAGAGUUGGAAUACUGCUUGAUCAAUCCUCAAGAUUUUGAAUCUCGGGUUAGGAUUAUUCAGCGUAUCCGUGUAUUGAAUAAUACAGAGAUGAAGUUACAAGGUGUAAGAGUAUUUCGUGAGCAGUGGUAUGGACCAUUCAGAAACGGCGAUCAACUGGGAGGUUGUGCAAUUCGUGAUUCUGCUUUUGCUUCUACAGCACCUACGAUUGCUUCAGAUAUUGCUGGUAUCUGGCAGGGUUCUAAAGCUGUCACCACGUUCGGCACUACAAAAACCGAGAUUUUUCGAGAGCUUUUAGAUGAUGGACUGCAGAAGUCUGUUAGAGAUGGAGAAAACAAUGUCUUACUUCCUAAACAGCUGUGGUGUUCGCUUAAACAAAACAAGGAUGGCGAAACUAUAACCGAAGCGGGAUGGCUUUUAGAUCAAGGGAAGACAAUCACAUCAAGUUGCUUAUUCUCAAGCACUGCAAAGCUGAAGGAAAUAUCAAUAGCAUUAGAAGCUAGAGCCUGGGAAUAA